AUGAACAGGAAUAGGCAAUUGUUGAUAGCAGUGGGUGUGCUAUUCCACUUUUUUUACCUAUGGUCAAUCUUUGACAUUUACUUUGUGCUGCCGUUGGUGCAUGGAAUGAAACACCAUGUCUCCACUUACGAGCCGCCAGCAAAGAGACUAUUUCUUAUAGUUGGGGAUGGGCUUCGAGCAGACAAGACGUUCCAGAAAUUGAAGCAUCCACGCACGGGCGAAACCAAAUAUCUAGCCCCUUACUUGCGCAGCUUGGCUUUGAACAACGGGAGUUGGGGUAUAUCAAACACCAGAAUGCCCACGGAGUCUCGUCCGGGCCAUGUGGCCAUGAUUGCCGGGUUCUAUGAGGAUGUCUCGGCGGUGACCAAAGGCUGGAAGGAAAACCCCGUUAACUUUGAUUCCUUUUUCAACCAAUCGAAACAUACUUAUUCGUUUGGAAGCCCCGAUAUCUUGCCCAUGUUUGCCUAUGGUGAUGGGGUUGUCCCGGGAAGAAUCGACGUCUGCAUGUAUGGCCACGAGUUUGAAGACUUUACCUCGAGCUCGAUUGAGUUGGACUCGUUUGUCUUUGAGCAUUUUGAUGAUUUGCUUACGAAUCUGACGCGCAAUGCCACGUUGCAUGACGAGUUGCACCAAGAGGGAAAUGUGUUUUUCUUGCACUUGCUAGGCCCAGACACGGCGGGGCAUGCCUAUAGACCGUACUCGGCGGAAUACUAUGAAAAUAUCGAGUAUAUCGAUUCCAAGUUGGAAAAAGUCAUACCUCAAAUCAACGACUUUUUUGGCGAUGACAAGACGGCAUUCAUAUUCACGGCCGAUCACGGCAUGUCUGACUUUGGGUCGCACGGGGAUGGACACCCUGAUAAUACCAGGACGCCCUUGAUUGCUUGGGGCGCAGGUAUCAAUAAACCUGUCCUGUUGAUGGAUUUGCAGGACCCGCAAAAGCAAAUGCUGAUCCAGAACCCCGUGGCCAGUGGAUUUGAACCGACGUAUUUUGACACGUGGAGAUUGGAACACUUGGUUCGAAACGAUGUCAAUCAAGCGGACAUUGCUUCGCUCAUGGCGUAUCUCAUUGGUGCCAACUAUCCUGCGAACUCAGUGGGGGAGUUGCCCCUCGGCUACAUUGAUGCCGAUGCGCAGCUCAAAAUCAAAUCGCUUUAUGCAAACGCGUUGGCGAUUGUUGAGCAGUACUUGGUUAAAGAAAAAGAGGUUUUCAAUCACCAAUUCAACUUUAAGGCGUUUGAACCGUUUACGGAAAAGAGCAUUCAAGAUUAUCAAGUUGAAAUUGAGAGCAUGAUUGAGCUUUUACAGAAUGGGCCCGAUGAGAAUGUUGAAAAAUUGGCAAUCGAAACCACCAAGGAGUUGAUGAAGAAGGCUCUUGCUGGUCUCAACUACUUGACCACGUACAAUUGGGCUCUUUUAAGGACGAUUGUCACGUUUGGAUUUGUCGGCUGGAUUGCCUUUUCCUUCAACUUGUUCUUGAAACUAUUCAUCUUAAACAGCGACGAUAUUGCAAAAUUGCGCCCGCAAACUUCGAUAGCUUUGAUUGGUGCAUUCACUGCACUUGGUGCGUCACUCGCGGCGUUGCUUCUUUACCAAGACUCGCCGUUCAACUACUACAUGUACACCGUUUUCCCCAUUUAUUUCUGGUACACAAUCUGCAACGAGCGCUCGUACGUAUUUGAAGGGCUUCGUGAAAUGUUCCAUGGUGUCUCGGCAACGACAAAGGCUCUAGUGUUGGUCUCAUUCCUUGGGAUGUACGAGUGCAUCGCCUAUGGAUUCUUUGAAAGGAUCAUGUUCUCGGUCAUCUUCUUUGUUGUGGGCACUUAUCCGGCACUAGUGCUGAACUCGGGCAAGAUUUCCGGGUUGAUGAAAAGUGUAUGGUUUGCAACUUGUAUAUUCAUGUGCACAUUUACAAAUUUGGACCCCGUCAAGACUGAAAGUUUGCUUUUGAUCAAUAUAGGCGCCGCGUUGGCGUUGUUGAUAUCGUUUGCUGGAUUCAAGUUUGUGUUGGACAGAGUCCAUCUUGAUGUUGUUCAAAAGAACUUGGUCUUGAGUCAGAUCUUGGCGAUCCCCGUUAUGCUAUAUGCUACAAAUGUGUCUGUUCUUUCAUUGCAAGCAAGAGAAGGGUUACCGUUGCACUCCCAGAUAUUGGGCUGGCUAACUUUCCUCACGUCGCUCGUGGUCUUGCCCGUGCUCCAAUUCCGGUUCCCUUCCAAGGACUACAGGUAUAGAAUGUUGAUCAUUUUCCUUACGUUUGUCCCCACGUUCAUAAUCUUUACCAUUUCAUUUGAGUUGUUGUUCUACAUUGGCUUUUCAUUGACAUUGCUCCAGUGGCUUGCGAUUGAGGAAAUGUUGAAAAUACCUCACGAAGAGUUGCAACGCUCGCAAGAAAAGACGGGCAAAUUGCCAAAAGGUUACUGGCUACAGGUUAUCCGUAUCGCCAUCAUUGGAUUCUUUUUUUUGCAAGUGGCAUUCUUUGGCACGGGCAACAUUGCCUCGAUCUCGUCGUUUUCGUUGGACUCUGUCUACCGCUUGAUUCCGAUCUUUGACCCCUUUGCAAUGGGCGCAUUGUUGAUGAUCAAGCUUCUUGUUCCAUACGUGCUCCUUUCCACGUGUCUCGGUAUUAUGAAUCAUCAGUUGGAAAUCAAGAAAUUCACCAUCUCGACCUUGAUCAUUUCCACCAGUGACUUUUUGUCGUUGAACUUUUUCUUCUUGGUGAGAACCGAGGGGUCUUGGCUAGACAUUGGUGUUUCGAUAUCAAACUACUGCUUGGCUAUGCUAUCAUCUUUGUUUAUGUUGAUCUUGGAGUUUGUCAGUUCGGUGUUGUUGAGCGGAGUAGAGUACAGUGAUACGGGGAAACAAUUGGAUUACGAGCCGAUAAGUCAUAGACUUAGAAACAAGAAAGUAGAAUAG